AUGGAGAUUUUUACUAUGGGAAGAUGCUCAUGGAUUUUAGCCUUGACUAUUUGCCGUAAACUAGUCUAUACAUUUGAUCAAAUUAAGGAAUCAAAAUUUCCAGAAUUAAAAUAAACUAAACAUUUGAUGAGCAAAUAUCAUAGGAUGACAAUAAUCUAAUUAAUUUGCCUGCAGAACAUUUAAAUAUAGGUUUAAAAGCUAAUUUAGUAAGCAUAUUAUGAUUUUAAUAAGUCUCAGGUUGAGGUAAAUUUUCAGGCACAGUAUUCACAAAACGGCACAGGAUUCAUCAAAUUUACACAAACUCAGGAUAAUUCCAUAAAUUUGACUACUGAGAUGGAGAAUACAAUAGCAUUCUCUGAAAUUGACUAAAAUUCUAUAGCAUAAAUAUUUCCAACAUUAAAAGACUUUGAUGCUUAAUUUUCCUUUUGUCUAUCAGUAAUCAUUCCAUAAGAGCUUUAGUUUAUAUCAAAUACUAAGUUAGAUAAGAAAUCAUCUCCAGGAAGAAAGGAUGAAAUACUAAAAAUGGCAAAUGACGCUCUAAGGGAUUUCAAUCUAGAUUUAAAGAAUUUUAAAGAUUUAAAAAUCAUCCAAUACAAAUACACACCUUAUAUGAAUCCGAAUUAAAAACAAGAAGAUAUUAUAGGAAGUAAAGGAUUGGAUAUCCAAAUACUGAGACUUUAUUAUAUUGAUCAACUGUAGUUAUUAAAUAAAUCUGAGAAAUUCUAUAAAUAUUUAAAGUAGUUGGAACUUUUCACUGGCAAAUAAAUUUUCCACAAAGCAUUUGAUGAAUUCCUUGAGGAUGCUUUUGUAUCAAAAGUUGAAACUUAGGAUUUGAUUUUUAAACUGAAUGAUUAUUUGAUUUAAGCUAAUUAGAUGAAGUCAUUCAGUGGUUUAGACAUAUUUGAAUGGAGCAACCACUGGUCUGAUAAUGGCUUUUACCCUAAUAUAAUAGAGCCAGAUAUCCUAUAUGAUAACGAGGACGGAUUAAUGAUUGAAAGCUUUGAAAUUUAUCAGUUUAGAUCUGAUGAAAAUACUAGCAACAGUCUUUUGUGCUAGAAAUUUGACAUUGCUCAGUUCAAUGAUCAUUAUAGGCUGAUUGACCUUAAUGAUUAUGAAAUAGGGAGCUGUUAAUCUUACUAGACUGUAGAUCACUAUUAUGCUGGAAUAAUAGGAGCAGUGAUCAUUGAUCAUAAUGAUGUUACAUAUGCAAAAGUCAGACUUGAUGAUAAAACAAUCUAGAAUCUAAGGCAUAAUCUUCAAAGGAUUGAUUAAGUAAAGAUUAGAUUUUUGUUUUGGCAAAAUUUAUGGUAAAUGCUAGUAGAUCAUCAAGUUUCCAGCCAAGAAUUCGUAGAGAUUGCUUAAGAAUAGAUGAUCUUUGAGCACAAUCAUUUUCUUCUAAAGUUAAUUCUGGGCUUAAUUAAAGAUGCUAUAAACUUUCACAUAGAUCAAGAUCUUCGAGAGUACUUCACAAAGCAGCAAGUAUAGCAAAUGCUUAUCCUAAUAGAAAGUGAGCUUUUGGAUAAUAGUUUGAGAUCUAUUUUCCUAACUAGAUUCCCUAACUUCAUUUCAGCUUAUAAUGAUUCAUGUGUCUAGUUAGUAUAGUGGCUCAGAGAUGGGAGCAUAGAUGUUAAAAUUGAUGAUGAAUAUGUGACUAAUUGCUCUUCUUAGCAUCAACAACCAUCAAUGAAGUAUCAGCUGAAGACGAAUGAAAAGAAGGUACUAUUAAGAAAAGUAUUCUCAGUUUAAACACCGAAUCCAGAAGUUGACCUUUAGUUCAAGAUAGAUUUAUUCAAUGAAGCAUUCAAAGAUCUAAAAGACUUAGAAGUUAUUAAGGAAUUUAAGGAUGAAUGCGUAAUAUUGCUUUCAAGUUUUGAGAAUAAGUUAAAGGUUAUGAGUUGCCUAAUAGGGUAGGCACCAGUUUUUAAUGACUAAAAUGUUCGAAGAAAUAUAGAGGCAAUGAAGCAUUUCUAUGAAUCUUUAGACGUGACUAGGUCUAGUUACUUUCAUGAGAGAUUUAUAGAGGCUUUAGAUUUAGUAAGGUAAAGUAGUCCAGCAUAUUACCAGAAAGCUUAUUGCAGAUAUCUAUUAGAUAGAAGAUCAAAGUACUCUAAGAUUCUUGAUUAAAGCUGGAUCUAUGAAAACUUAAAUUAACUUUAUUGA